GUAGAAUUACAGGGGAGAAUAAAAGAGCUAAAAUCAAAUCUCGAUAUAAGAGACCCUUAUGGGUAGAUAAAGUAUACUUCAAUACUAAUUAUUUGUUUUCAAAUAAAGACGGUCAAGCAUCACAAAAUUUUAUAAUGAGAGUACCACGGUUUGAGACACUUUUAAAUGGGCCUGGGAGAUCGGAGUGCUACAUAUGCUUAAAGUUUGGAUCAUUUAAUCUCGAGUAAAUAAGUAGAGUAACACGUGAAGAGCAGAGCUUAUAUAAUCCUACAAAAUUCGUACUUUGAUACAAAGUACGAGUAUGAGGCCAAAAUUAGUGGUGGUACGAAGUACGAGUACAAGAAAAAUUGAAAUUUAUAAGCUCUUGUGAAGAGAGUCUUUUUUCUUAUGAAUAAUUAAUGAAGCUUCAUAAUUAAGAUAUAUCUAAAUAAUUUUAAAAAUUCAAUAAAAAUAUUUUCUCGAAAUUUUAUUUAAAAAAUAAUGGAGAAGGAAAGAAGCAACAACCUAAAGCAUCAAAAUUCAGAUAACUUGUCAAAGUCAAAAAACAACUGUCAAGUCUCUACCAGUUUUGCAUUCCAACAGCAAUUUAGAAGAAAUUCGAUUCAAAAUCAAACAAAUUCUGAAAGGAGAGAAGGGUCUGUUACUGACAGUUCUUCUUUCCUUCUUUUUGCCCAAAUAAUUGUUUGUGGAAUACUUUUUGGUAUUGCCACAAUUUUAUUAUGGCAAUUACCUUUUUCUACAAGAUUUAGAAAUCGGUUGGAGCCUGUUGCUUAUAUGCCUGUUCAACAGGAUGAAUUGGAAUGUUCACGGACUUGUAGAAUUCAACUAGUCGAAAGUAUUGCCCAAAACCUCACAUUUCCUGUAGAAUAUUCCCAACAGCCAGCAUUGUCUACAUUCUCCGCCUGGAAUUUACUUGUUAAUUCAGCUAAAAAUUCACUUUUAAUUGCUGCAUAUAAAUCGAGUUUGAGAGGAAAACACGUUCUUGGCGAGCAGGCUUUGAACAAUAUUUCUUUUCAGGGCGAAAAAAUGUUUGAAGCACUUAUUGCUGCUGGACUCGAUAGAGGAAUACAAAUAAAGAUGGUUGAGAAUGCUGUGGCUAAGGAUAAGGGAGAUAAUGAAGAUGGAACUUCUUUGGCCAAAAGAGGUGUUUUGAAUAGAAGGGUACUUAAUCUACAAAAAAUAUUUAAUACGGGAGUUAUGCAUUCAAAAGUUAUUGUUGCCGAUAAUAAACAUUUUUAUUUGGGAUCUGCUAAUUUGGAUUGGCGCUCUCUGACACAAAAAAUGGAAAUGGGUGUGCUUGUGCAGGAUUGUCCCUGUCUAAGCCGCGACUUGGCCAGAAUUUUUGAAAUUUAUUGGCAAGCAUCGGUAAAGAAAUGUGCUAAAGAAGUCCAAAAAAUGAUACAACAAAUGCCUCCAGCAUUUUACAAUUCACAAAAGCCUUUGGCUAUUUUUGAUGGGGAAAAUAAUAAAUUGUAUGUGCAUUUAUCUGCAUCUCCACGUUCAUUAAACAGUCCGAGGCGAAGUUGGGAUUUAAACGAUAUUGUUGAAGCAAUAAAAAAUGCCAAAACUUUUAUUUUAAUUCACGUCAUGGAUUACUUCCCAAUAUUUUUAUAUACACAAAAAGGAAAGUAUUGGCCGCCGAUAGAUAACGCUAUAAGAGAAGCUAUUCUUAGAGGCGUCAAAAUUAAAAUAAUCUCAACAGCUUUGCAUUUUCCUAGUAAAGGAUUGGGAUUUUUAAAAUCGUUGGAAGUGUUGGGUGAAAGACAGGGAAGCGGUGCUGGUUCUGUUACGGUUAAAAUAUUCAAAGUCCCAGCAGACUCUUUUGCCUACCAACCAGUCCUUCAAAGAGACAGAAGAACCCACAAAAAGUUUUUAAUGACCGACGACACUUUAAUUAUUGGGACUUCGAAUUGGUCCGGAGAUUAUUUUGAAGAUUUAGGCACUGGAGUAGCUAUAGUUUUGAAGCAAACAGAAAAAAGAAAAAAAAUUCCUCAAAUAUUUAAACAAAUGAAGAAUUUAUUUGAAAGGGAUUGGAAUAGUAAUUAUGCCCAUUUAUUAAAUUUUUAUAUUAAAAAUUGUUUGGAAGAAAAUGAAGGGAGGGAAGUUGAAGGAAUUUGUGAAAUUGAAAAAGAUCCCAGUUUAUUAACUAAUUUUGUUGAUAUUAAUAGAACAACAUCUACUCAAUGA